GAUCCAGUUGGCGGCAUGGCGUUGCGCUCUCUGGUCGGGAAGCUGAGGUUCCCCGCCUAUUUCCAGCGCGUGGCGGGCUCUGGCCGCGUCGCCUCCCAGGAUAAGAUGAGCAGCACCGCAUUUGCGAGAACUACUGACUCUACUGCUGACCGUGUUGAAAGUUACGAUGAGAUGCUCCGGUCUUUCCGCGAGAGGCUGGAGAAAGAAGCACGGCGGCAACGGAGGUCAGUGUGGAAGGCCAUUCUUGGUGCUGAAGCUGCCGCCCUAGUAGUUGCUUUUGGAGGGCUUUGUUACAUAGCUGACAAUAACAGGGUUUAAUUAAACGGAGCAGCUAGCGACCAUACUUAUGGCUAUUCAAAAGCACUUUGUUAACGACCUGUGUUCUGUAAGCGCAACUGGCAUCUCGUUCUAUAUAUACAUCUGUUUCUGAUGGAAGCGACAUAACCGGUGAUAAAUUAUGUUUUGUGGCGGCCAUCCGUUGGUAA